UGGCCGGGGCGGGCGGCGGUGCCCAGCGCCGCGGGAGCGCCCCGGCAGCGGCGAGCGGGGGCUGCCGCCGCCAGGCUCUGCUGCCGUCGGGGUGCUUCUGAGGCAGCCCCUGAGCUCUGUUGGGGCUCCCCGCUGCAGAUCCGAGGUGCCGGUGUUCCCGCAUUAGCCCGGCUGGGCAGGAACUGGGUUUGAGCCUCCUCUCCCUCUCUCCCGCCGGCUGAACAGGGAGCCUGCACCGACUGGGAGCAGCCGCUGGAAGCUCCGGGUAGGUGGGAUGAGUCCAGGCCUCCGAGCCAUCCCGGCGUGCUGAACCGCGAGUGGUUAACGCUGCUUCAGCCUGCGGUGACCCGGAGUGUAAACAAAUCACAUUGAAUCAUGGCAGCAGACUCUAUGGAAAUUGAUGAUGCUUUGUAUAGUCGCCAGAGGUAUGUUCUUGGAGACACAGCAAUGCAGAAGAUGGCUCAGUCCCACGUGUUCCUGAGUGGUAUAGGUGGCCUUGGGGUGGAGAUUGCCAAAAACAUCAUUCUGGCUGGGGUAAAGGCUCUUACAGUUCAUGACACCAAGCACUGCACAAAAUGGGAUUUGGGGAUCAACUUCUUCAUCCAUGAAGAUGAUGUUACCAGUCAGAGGAACAGGGCUGAGGCCACACUUCCUCGUAUUGCAGAACUCAAUCCAUAUGUCCAUGUAGCAGCAUCCACUGUGCCACUAGAUGAAACCACAGAUCUGUCUUUCCUAAAGCACUACCAGUGUGUCAUAUUGACUGAAGUAAGUCUGUUGCUGCAGAAGAAGAUUAAUGACUUCUGUCAUGCUCAGCAGCCACCUAUUAAGUUCAUCAGUGCAGAUGUGUAUGGAGUAUGUUCACGUCUGUUUUGUGACUUUGGUGAUGAAUUUGAAGUGCUGGAUACAACAGGAGAGGAGCCAAAGGAGAUCUUCAUUUCAAAUAUAACACAAUCAAAUCCGGGUAUUGUCACUUGCCUUGAAAAUCAUCCACACAGGCUUGAAACAGGACAGUUCUUAACCUUUCGGGAAGUUAAUGGAAUGUCGUGCUUGAAUGGUUCCACACACCAAAUAACAGUGGUGUCACCUUACUCCUUCAGCAUUGGUGAUACAUCAGAGAUGGAGCCUUACCUGCAUGGAGGCAUAGCUGUGCAAGUGAAGACGCCCAAGAUGUGUUACUUUGAACGGCUGGAGAAGCAGAUAACAAAUCCAUUAUGCCUUGUUGCGGAUUUUAGCAAGCCUGAGGCACCUUUGCAGAUCCAUGUUGCCAUGCUUGCCUUGAACCAGUUCCAGGAGAACUUUGGUCGUGGACCAAACAUUGGAUGCCUUCAAGAUGCUGAGGAAAUGCUGAAAAUAGCCAUUUCUAUAAGUGAAACACUGGAAAACAAACCUCAGGUGAAUGGAGAUGUGGUGAAAUGGCUGUCUAGAACUGCUCAGGGAUUUCUACCUCCUUUGGCUGCAGCAGUGGGUGGUGUUGCUAGCCAGGAAGUCCUGAAAGCAGUAACAGGAAAAUUUUCUCCAUUGCAGCAGUGGCUAUAUAUAGAUGUUUUAGACAUUGUAACACCUCUAGAGAAGGUGGGCUCUGAGGAGUUUCUCCCACGGGGAGAUAGAUACGAUGCCUUGAGGGCUUGUAUUGGAGACUCUCUGUGCCAGAAGCUCCAUGAUUUGAAUGUUUUCUUGGUUGGCUGUGGAGCCAUAGGCUGUGAAAUGUUAAAAAACUUCGCACUUCUUGGUGUUGGUACUGGGCAAGAGAAAGGAUUGGUUACAAUUACAGAUCCAGAUUUGAUAGAGAAAUCCAACCUGAACAGGCAGUUUCUUUUUCGACCUCAUCACAUACAGAAACCUAAGAGCUACACUGCAGCAGAAGCAACUCUGAACAUCAAUCCUUACAUAAAAAUUGAUUCAGAUAUUAAUAAAGUUUGUCCAGCCACUGAGAACACUUACAGUGAUGAAUUCUACACCAAGCAAGAUGUGAUUGUGACUGCUUUGGACAAUGUUGAGGCCAGGAGAUACAUUGAUAGUCGUUGUGUAGCAAACCUGCGUCCUCUUAUAGACUCUGGAACUAUGGGAACAAAAGGACACACAGAAGUUAUUGUGCCCCAUCUGACAGAGUCCUACAAUAGUCAUCGGGAUCCACCAGAGGAAGAAAUACCUUUUUGCACCUUGAAGUCUUUCCCAGCUGCUAUUGAGCAUACAAUACAGUGGGCAAGAGAUAAGUUUGAAAGUUCAUUUUCUCACAAGCCUUCAUUGUUUAACAAGUUCUGGCAAACCUAUCCAUCAGCAGAAGAAGUUUUACAGAGAAUAAAAACAGGAGAGAGCUUGGAAGGCUGUUUUCAUGUUAUUAAAACUCUCAGUAGAAGACCCCGAAGUUGGACUCAGUGUGUAGAACUAGCAAGAGUAAAAUUUGAAAAGUAUUUUAGCCAUAAGGCUCUUCAGCUCCUUCAUUCAUUUCCCCUUGAUACACGAUUAAAAGAUGGAAGUUUGUUUUGGCAAUCACCAAAGAGGCCUCCUUUCCCAGUGAAGUUUGAAUUUAAUGAUCCUUUGCACUAUGGUUUCAUCGUGAGUACAGCAAAGCUCUUUGCAACAGUGUACUGUGUUCCUUUCACAGAAAAGGACUUGUCAGAGGAGACCAUUUUGGGGAUUAUUUCAUCUGUGAAGGUACCAGAGUUUAGACCUUCAAACAAAGUUGUACAGACUGAUGAAACUGCAAGAAAACCAGAUCAUAUUCCUGUCAGCAGUGAGGAUGAAAGAAAUGCUAUUUUCCAGCUGGAGAAGUCUAUACUAUCCAAUGAAGCACUGGAAACUGACUUGCAAAUGAAGCCCAUCUCCUUUGAGAAAGAUGAUGAUAGUAAUGGGCACAUAGAUUUUGUAACAGCAGCAUCAAACCUGCGAGCCAAGAUGUACAACAUCGAACCAGCUGAUCGGUUCAAAACAAAGCGCAUUGCUGGAAAGAUUAUUCCUGCCAUUGCAACAGCUACUGCUGCAGUAUCAGGGCUGGUUGCACUGGAACUCAUCAAAGUUGUGGGUGGCUACCCAGCUGAUGCAUACAAGAACUGCUUUCUGAACCUAGCUCUUCCCAUAAUGGUCUUUACAGAAACUGCUGCAGUAAGAAGAACGGAAAUCAGAAAUGGGAUAUCAUUUACCAUCUGGGACAGGUGGACAAUUUAUGGGAAAGAGGAUUUUACUCUGUUGGACUUCAUAAAUGCUGUCAGAGAGAAAUAUGGAAUUGAACCAACUAUGGUUGUACAAGGAGUCAAAAUGCUCUAUGUUCCUGUGAUGCCAGGCCAUAUUAAAAGAUUAAAGUUGACGAUGCAAAAGCUUGUGAAACCAUCCGCUGAUAAGAAGUAUGUGGACUUGACAGUAUCAUUUGCUCCAGAGACUGAUGGAGAGGAAGACUUGCCUGGGCCACCAGUGAGAUACUACUUUGUUCAGGAAGACAAUUGAUGGUAGAGACACAAAAGUCACUCAUGGACCAUUUGUUCUGAAAGGAGUGUGCUAAUUUUCAGCUAUUAAAGAUGGUACUAUAUA